GAGAAAUGACAUCAAUUGCGAGGACACCCUGAGGCAAGGUGCCACAUUAAUAUGAGGCAAAGUGAGCCACCACAGUAUGAGGCGAGGCGAGGCACCAUAGUAUGAGGUGACAAGAGCCACCACAGUAUGAGGCGAGGCGAGGCACCACAGUACGAGGCGAGAAGAGCCACCACAGUAUGAGGCGAGGAGAGGCACCAUAGUAUGAGGCGAGGAGAGGCACCACAGUACAAGAUGAGUUCAGGGUUGCCCAAGCCACCUGCUCCAGGUCGACCACCUCCACCAGCCAACCUGACACCAGCAGCAGUUACACUGGAGGAGGAAUUUGAGAGGUCCUAUAAAGAGGCAUACAAGCUAAUUGAUCACGGCAUCAAAUUAGCUUCGAGAGGACUUCACACACAGGCUGGAAUAGUGCUGCAGAAGGGUCUCACCAUGAUUGACAAUGCCCUCAACAUCAAGGUGGAAUCCUUUGACUGUAGUGCUGAGAAAGUACAACAGUAUGCGGAGAUGCAGGUCAAGAUGAGAUGCACAAGGAAAGAAGUGUUAAAUCACUUUUCGGAUGCCCAGGCUGCAGUGAGCCCCAGUACUGUUGCAGUGGCUCCUCAGGUUGAUGAUGCUCCGCCUUCCUAUGAUGAUUACCUCAAGUCAGUCGAUUCAGGUGGAGGAAGCGACAGGACAGCAGCAGCAGCGACAGAAGGUGCUGCUUCUUCACACCUCGGUGGCCUUCACCCUCGGGGACAAGAAUCAGAUUUUGAGAUGGUUGAGGCUCCUCCCGCAACACCAGUAAUGUCGCCACAGCAGGGAGAGAUGAUCUUCCAGAUUGAGAAUGGUGUUCAGAUCUUCUUCAUCUAUCCAGAUGGACGAGUCACAAGUCCCUCUUAUCCGUCCUUCCUUACUGUGUUCACUUUUCCUCAACCUAUUGGUGGUGGUGGUGCCCCAAGUGGUGCUCGGGGGUUCAUCCAAGUUGGUGAGUGGAGCUAUCCGCUGAUCCCUGCCCAGAGUCCCGUUCUUCAUUCCUUCUAUGGUGCUUACAUGUUUCCAGAUGUUAGCAGUAGUGUGCCAGGUUCAAGUGUUGGAGUGAUCAUUCCAGACACGGUAGACAAGGAAACCAAAGAAUUACUGGAGCACAUUCUUAUUCAAAUGACCUCGUAUCAAGAACAAGAAGUUCCUCCGGGAGUUGACCGUUUGGAGCAAACAAAGUUAAUAGAGAAAUCUACCGCUGAGCGGAUUGCAUCAGGUCUGGUAACAGGAGCAGAGACGUUGUCCAAAGGGGUGGUCUGGGGUGCUGAGAAACUUGGAGAGCUGAUAAGUUAUGGCUCGGAGAGUCUCAAAGGUUAUGUUCAGCCGGUGGAGCAGAAAACUGAAAUUGAUCCCAAGUGGCAGACAACGGCUAAAGUGGCAAGAGAUAUAUCAGGGAAAGCCGUGAAAAUUAGUGGUUACCUCUUGAAUCAAGUUGGGAAGGCAACAAUGGCACUGGGUAAGCGCCUGGCACCACAUAUUCAGAAGCAGGGCACUCGUGCUAUCUCUCACUUGACGGGAAAAAAUGAAAAACAAGCGACUUCUGAUGUCGAAGGUGUGCUGGAAGUAGCGGCAGGAGCAGUGCGUGGAGCCUCGACUAUCUACAUGAGUUUAGAAUCCGCUGCAGCCAUGCUUGCCACCAGCCUAACCGAUAACACGGUCAAUGUGAUCUCUCACAAGUAUGGUGAAGAUGCUGGACACCUGGCAGACAACACCCUUUAUGCUGUUGGACAAACUGCUUUUGCGGGUCACAAUAUUGCCUCUUUAGGAGUAAAGGGAAUUGCCAAACGUACAGCAAAAGCCACUGGGAAGGCUCUUAUCUAUGAACAUGAGGCUAAAAAACAGGAAUCUGAAGUUUCAGGACAAGUAGAGGAAGUCAGCGAGGCAUUUGAAACAGAAGAGGACCCAGGACCAGCGCCGGUGAGGCCAGUGAGGGAGAAGAAAAAGCCACCUCUAUAAAAUGGCCACUGAGAGGCUUAACUUCUUUUUUUUAUUUUUUUUUUAAAUUCCAGCAUGUACUCGCUAACAAGUGUUGCUUUUUAUAUACUGUAUAUUAUUGUCUACCAGAGUCUUAGAAGAAUUCAGCGAAAGAAUCAAAAUUAUCAUCUGAGGCAAAUAAAAUGUAAGUAGAGUACAGAAUUGUAUAGUCAUUAUAAAGGUGUUUAAUAGGAGUUCGUUCACAGCUCGGCAGGUUACUUUGAUUCUUCUUUACUGACUUUGCUUUAGUAGCUGUUUGUUGUUAUUUUGUUCAUGUGUAUGAAUAUGGUACAUGAAUUAUAUUUAGCUCUUGUGAAAAAAGUAACUUUCAAGACAAGAAAAUGACAUUCAUUUAUAUUGUAAGUGCCAAGAUUAUUGCAGAUUAGUGAUAAGCAGAUGUACACAGUUCCUUGGAUGUCAUACAAAGAUUCUUGUUAGUGUUAUAAUUGCUUGCUUUUAAACCAUAAUCAAAGCUGAACAUGAAUAUUGAAGCUGUUGCUGUCAUUAGCAGUGUUAAAAUUAAACAAUAUAGGCCUUCUUAAUUGUUGUUAUUGCUUUAUGACAUUGCAGGGGAGUAUGUUGUCUUGUCAACCAUGUGGGAUGUGAUGGGCUGCGUGCCUUUGACAUUGUGGAUGAUCCGCAAUGUCUUCAGAUUCUGAUUUAUUUUUUAAAAAAUUAAUAAUAAAAGAUCGAGUCAAGUAGUGUUCAAAUAAAUAUAAAUAUUAUACAUACAGUAUGCUGUAUAUAUAUAAUGUAUGUAUUUAGGACAAUAUGCAUCAAUUAUUGUAUUGUAAAUGCUUUGUUAUAUAUCUUUCAGUCAGAUUCAAUGGAAUUAUUUAGAUUUUCACAUUUUAGUUUUAUUCCAGUUCUCAUUUUAGUUUGAUGGAGAGAGUAUUUGGUAAGGCAGGAGUAUAGUACAACAAUGUAUUGUGGGACAAGUAUAGCACUAUAAAUUAAUUUUUUGAAAUAAAUGGUGUUUGGUGCUGUGGAAGGUGAAGGAAAUUACUGUUAACUUUGGUUUAAUGUCCUACGGUUCUAAAACGCCUUUUCCUUGAGCACUUUUCUUCUCACUCCCGCUCCGUUUCCGUCUUCACCGAUGGGUCUAAAUCUGCGGACGGUGUUGGGUACUCUGUUGUUUUUCCUGAGUGCA